UUCUAUUUUGCGGUACUCAUUCAGAAACAAUCGAAAUAAGAAUAAUGCCUUGGAUAUUAUUUUGUGUCUUGAUAUCAACAGUUUAUUGUUCCAUAAUUGAAGAAAACGGAGAAAAGAGAAAUAUUCUGAAAUCAACCGAGGAGGAUUCAACAGUUCACAAUAUCCUUCACGAAAUACAAGAAGUGAGAAAUGUUCGAAAAUCAAGCGAGGAGGAUUCACGAGUAGACGACAUUCUUCAGGAAUUGCAAGGAAUCUGUUUACAGGAAAAUCAUCAAAAAUCUGCAAAAGACAUUAAAAAGGACACACAAUCAAUUAUCAAUAAUAUGGCAGUGUACAAGGAUAUUGUCAAACUGACUGGUCAAUUAAAGAACGAUCUUAUGUGGAUUCUCAGAGAAUCUCAUGGUGAAAAGCAAGUUGAUAGACUACUGGGAUUGUUGAAACUUGACGUAAAAGGCACCUGUGGAGAGAAAGAAACAAAGGAUUGUACUAGAUUGAAGACUUCGAAAUCACAAUCUGGUGUAUACGACAUAGAGAUAGGUAAAUCUGAGGUCAAAGUUUAUUGUGACAUGACAACAGAUGGAGGAGGCUGGACUGUGAGUUUAAUAUAA